UUCAGUGACUUCCUUGUUGUAAGCGCCGGCCCCACAGUGUCCGGACUCGUAGCCCCGCUGUGCUUACCGGGACUGCUAGCCCGAGUCUAGGUCGCAGCCGCAGCCCCACUCCAUCGGUUCUCCUUUCAGCGCAGGUCCUUUCCGCAAGUCCCGCUCUCUCUAACAUGCCCAACCCUAGCUGCACCUCCUCUCCCUACCCCCUCCCUGAGGAAAUUAGGAACCUGUUGGCAGAUAUUGAAACAUUUGUAGCAGACAUACUGAGAGGGGAAAAUUUAUCCAAGAAAGCAAAGGAAAAGAGAGAAUCCCUUAUUAAGAAGAUAAAAGAUGUAAAGUCUACUUAUCUUCAGGAAUUUCAGGACAAAGGUGACGCAGAAGAUGGGGAAGAAUAUGAUGACCCUUUUCCUGGGCCCCCAGACACGAUCUCAGUAGCCUCAGAACGAUUUGAUAAAGAUGAUGAUGCCACCUCUGAUGGAAACCAGUUUCCUCCAAUUGCAGCACAGGAUCUUCCUUUUGUUUUAAAGGCUGGCUACCUUGAAAAACGCAGAAAAGAUCACAGCUUUCUGGGAUUUGAAUGGCAGAAACGGUGGUGUGCUCUCAGUAAAACAGUAUUCUAUUAUUAUGGAAGCGAUAAAGACAAACAGCAGAAAGGUGAAUUUGCGAUAGAUGGCUACCACGUCAGAAUGAAUAACACCCUUAGGAAGGAUGGAAAGAAAGAUUGCUGUUUUGAAAUCUCUGCUCCUGAUAAACGUGUCUAUCAGUUUACAGCAGCUUCUCCCAAAGAUGCCGAGGAAUGGGUACAGCAGCUGAAAUUUGUAUUACAAGAUAUGGAAUCUGAUAUUAUUCCUGAAGAUGAUGACGAAAGAGGAGAAUUAUAUGAUGAUGUUGAUCACCCUCUACCACCAAUGAGCAGUCCACAAAAAGGCAGCCAGCCAAUCGAUGAUGAAAUUUAUGAAGAGCUUCCAGAAGACGAAGAAGACAGUGCUUCAGUGAAAAUGGAAGAACAAAGGAGGAAGAUGAGUCAGGACAGUGUUUCUAACACUUCCGGAGAUAAAAACACUGAUUAUGCUAAUUUUUACCAGGGUUUGUGGGACUGCACAGGAGCUCUUUCUGAUGAGUUGUCAUUUAAACGUGGUGAUGUGAUUUACAUUCUUAGCAAGGAAUACAAUAGAUAUGGCUGGUGGGUAGGAGAAAUGAAGGGAGCCAUUGGCUUGGUGCCUAAAGCCUACGUAAUGGAGAUGUAUGAUAUUUGAGAGUCUUGGAAAAGGAAGAUUCUGUGGCUGUGGGCAAGUGCUUUGGAUCUAGAGGCAUCAUGAAAGCAGGAGUGGCAGCUCAUAACCUUUCUUUGUUUUGUUGAGCAUCGUUUGUCUUCGACGGUUAUUUUAUGUAGUCAUUUGUUAUACUAUUCCUCUGAUGUGAAAUUAAAUGAAGGGUAUUAAUGUAAAAUAGAUGCAAACAGUGAAGUUAUACCUGUUGCUUUUUUGCAAAGAAAUAAGUGGUUUUUAUUUACCCAUCUGAUUUGUGUGAAGAAUUCAGCACUAUUUUAUAUGUACUACAUAGUUAACUGUUACUUCUAGUGUGAGUUCUAAUUCCUCUUAAUUAUUGGAGAUUAUUUUUUAGAAUGUAAUAUGUAAUUUCGUAGAAAAUUUAAUUGAAUAUGUUAGGCAAAGUUUUGAUAGGUGCUAUCUAAAGAAUGUGGAGCCCUGGUGGCAUAGUGGUUAAGAGCUCUGCUGCUAACUGGAAGGUUGGUAGUUCGAAUCUACCAGCCACUCCUUGGAAACUCCAUGGGGUAGUUCUACUCUGUCCUGUGGGGUUGCUUUGAGUUGGAAUUGACUCAAUGGCAAUGGGUUUGGCUUUUUUUUGGCGGGGGGGGGGGCAGGGGGGUCUAAAGAAUGUGGCUUUAUUAAAGCUUUGUAGAUGAUUUAUCUUUAGUAUUUUUCAUACGAUACUGUUUUCUUGAAAGAAUUUUUACUGAUGGGCAAAUCUACUUUAUGUUUAGUAUAGCCACAAGAAAAAAAAAAAUAGAAUUGCA